AUGGCGUCCGCGACACUUAGAGGUGGCCGCGACGUCAUGGACGCGCCGAACCAGAAGGGGUUGCUGGAUUCGAGAGCGGCCGCUGGAUAUCCUGAUGAGCCAUUGCAGUGUUUUGAAGUCACGAAUCCCGUCUUGUCUUCUGAUGGUAUUGUUGAUGGUAAUGAAAUUCUGGAUAGCUAUCCUGGAAGUGUGCCACCCAAGGCGUGCAAGAUCCAGUUGAUGGAUCACGUUUUUGGGAAUAGUUAUGGGCAGCCAUUUGUUUCCGACUAUACGCCGCCUGACGAGACAAAAUGUCCCUUUAAUAGGGUCAUUAUGAACUUUACCGUCGUGUCAGAGGGACAUCAAUUUGAUCGUUUGGCCAUCAUGUGGCUGGGCGAUACGGAAGUCUGGCGAACUUCGACCGCAGAGCCCAAUGCUCACCCGGGUAUCUCAUGGACGUAUUGGAAAGACAUGACGACAUACCUCUCAAUAUUGAAACGUCCUCAGAAGCUCAUAUUUGAUCUCGGGAAUCUUAUUAAUAGCAACUAUACGGGCUCUUUCAACACCACGCUUACAGCCACGUUUAUACAAGACCAAAACUUGACUGGGCCUGCUGCGCCGCCAGCUGAUGAAAUUGUGCCUUUUUCAGCUGGGAACGGAGCUUCUGGAAAAGGAAGCGCAUUCACUUACCCUGAUGAAAAGGCAGAAAAGUCAAUCACAUUGCCCCGAAACAUAAAGCGUGCUGUCUUGUCGAUUGCGGCCACUGGCCAAUCUGAUGAGGAGUUUUGGUGGACAAAUGUUCCGGAGGAUGCGAUCAACAAUUGGGAAGGAAUGACGCUGCUCGGCAAAAGUUCGUUCCGCGAGGUUCGACUGCGAAUUGAUGGCCAACUUGCGGGCUUGUCGUGGCCGUACCCGGUCGUCUUUACAGGGGGAGUCUCACCUCCUUUACACAGACCCGUGGUUGGGCCGCAGGCUUUCGACCUAAGAGAGCAAGAAAUCGACAUUACGCCUUGGCUUGGUGUUUUGUGCAAUGGAAAAGACCAUACGUUUGGCUUGGAGGUGGUUGGUGCAGAUGACGCUGUGGUAAACAGAUACUGGCUACUUUCUGGCAAAAUCUUUCUCUGGCUCGACAAAAGGGAUGCUAUCACCUCAGGAUGCCCGCCAAAAGUGAUUAUAAGCAAGCCCAACUACAAUCCACAUGAAUUGGCCGUCCAGAAUAAGUCUCUUCGGUAUGAUCAAACGAUUUCUCGCACCCUGCAAAUCAAGUCCAAGAUUAAGCAUACCGGCGGCAAAACAUUCGAGUCCGCCUGGUCUCAGCGCUUCGCCAUGCAAAACACGGGCUAUAUGCUAGAAGCCGGCAAUGUUCAACAAGUUAAUGCAUCGUACGAGGGAGAGGACAGAGCAACGAAAGACUCGGCCUCGUACUACUACGCUGGCUAUUCUUACCCAAUGCAAGUACGCCUUGUCCAAACAGCACCCGAUGACAACUAUACCUACACCUUGGACACCAACCUCACUCAAACAAUGCAACUUGCCGUCACAGGCAACACAGUCUUCUCCAAUGGUUUAGAGCCUUUUCUUGCCCGGAUCACCGGCCGAGUAUCCGGGUCCGUAAUUCAGACGACCAAAAAGGGCAGAGCCUUCUUUUUUAAGAAGAAAGAUGGCGGAUCCAGUGGUUUUGGAAGCACACGCCAGACUUAUAGCUUUGGUGCCAAGACCCUUGCAAACGGGGAUGGUAUAGGCUUCGCGGAUGCUCAGAGUUUGUACUCACGGGAGGUGAUGGUGAAUAACGAGACAACGACGUUGGAUAACGUGUGGGUAUUUGGGAAGGACCUACCAAAAACCAAACCACAGGGACCACCACAGCAACCAAUUGAGAGUAAUGAAUAUGCUGCCAGGUUAAUUGGAGGGAAGAGGCCAGGUACGAAGAUUGGUAUUCAGUGGGCGAAGGAGGCAGUUCUCCAUGGUAAUGAAAAGGACUAA